CCAGCGAUGACGCGAUAGCGGCAGGUACGCCAGGUAUGGAUAUGGCCGGUCCGUUUGGGCGGCAGGCGGGCGGGAGGAGCGUUACGUCAGUGACCCAGAUCGGGACGCACUCUGGCGGUCCGAGCCUCUUUCGUCCGCCGCACCUCACCACCACCACCAGCACCAGCCAAGCCGAAGCGAAGCCAGUCUGUCAGUACUAAGUGCUCCUAACAGGCGGCCCCUCUACUGCCGCGGCAUACCUGAUUGUGAGCUACCUGGACGCAGGGCGAAUCAACCAACCCCUUUUUCUCGUGGAUUUCCAUUACAACAGGCAAAGAUGACUUGGCUGGACUCGUGCUGCUGCUGCUUCUCGCUACGCUCUGGUACCAUAUUGAGCGGCAUCCUCGGCAUGAUUGUUGGAUUCAUUUCGAUGGUCAUGGUGUUGCUGACCGAGGUGAAAAUGCAGACCAUAAUCAUCGAUACCCUCUCUCCUGAAAUUGUGCGCAUCAUUCUGGCCAUAAACCUCGCAAUGACGAUCUUGAUCUCGUUGGUGCUCAUCCUCGGCGCCAUCUGGCAAAACAAGUACCUGCUGCUGCCGUGGGUGGUGCUCGGCCUCAUGCUGGUCAUCGGCUUGGUCAUCUCCAUUAUCUACACGGCCAUCCGCUUCUACAUCUGGGGCGACGCCAUCACCGGCACCAUUUACCUGGUGGCGGGGCUCAUCGGCAACGGCAUCUUCUUCUACUUGUGGCUCGUCGUCUUCAGUUACUACCAACUGCUGAAGGAGGAGGGUGGCCACGGAUUCUACGCCAAGACGCGCUACUGAUUGCGAGGCCCGCCCGAGGGGAGACUCCAGCCAGCCGCAAAUCAAAAUGUGCCUUUGUCGUCGGAUUAAUUAAUAUUCGCAGCAGCCAUAUACCGUCACUUAUACUUAAUUAAUUACGGGAUUUCGUCGCCGGGGACAAAGCGGGUGGAUGAGAUAAAUGUAUGUAUGUAUGCUCGGCUCUCUCUCACGCAACAAUAGUGCGUGCAACUUUGCACGAGAUGUAAUCCAUUAUAUGACGAGAGGGAGAGAGUCUCCUUCUGUGCGCAACUCUUUCUCACGCAUUUUCACUCAAAAGACGAGUUCUGCACUUCAGACGUUAUAACAAAUGAGGGUCAUUUAUUCGCUCGAAUGUUUCAUUUCGCGCGCUCUCUGCGGCUUCCAGCCUGCGUCCGUACUUUCUGGCAAACGAAAUGCGUGAGCCGCUCUUUGCGGUUGCCAGCGCAAAAGCACAUAGUUUUGAGAGCUAGGCGCUUGCAGAAAUGCGCGCACAGUGACAGCCUUUUUGUCUUCAAGUAAAUGGCCCCUUUGGAAUGUACCACGUUCACUUGCCAAUGCCACGAUUAAGUGUUUUGUAUCAAUUUAACAUCAAUGAAAUUAAUCAUUUUCUAGAAAUUUCACCCAAAUUUUCUGGACAGUGCGUGAAUUUUUCAAAUCUAACAAAAUGUAAAAAUAUUUCCUUAAAUUCCAAAACAAAUCCAUUUUUUCAAUAAGUUCUUUUCUUAACUCUCAGUACGAAUUUUGGCGGUUUUUAUAUUUUUUUGUGGAUUUAGUUAUUUUUAUCGCGGCCCUAUUUAUUAAUUCAUAUCCCACUUUUUAAAAGCUGCGAUUCUGCCCAUCACUAUCAAUGCAGGUUACUGUCAUUUCCGCACGAAUGAACGCGCAAAAAAUUCAACGCGCAGAUAAAUUAUUUUCCUCUAAAAAUCACUAAAUCGAUAAGAGAGAGAGAGAGCGUGAUGCAGCGUUCAAUUCCCCGUUGAAUUAUGGAUAUAUUCAUGAAUAUUUUCUAGCCCCGCGCGGUAAUAAGCCCCGAUUCCGAAUAUAUAUGUUUGCAAUUAAUGCAUCUUUCAUGUUCGGGGCGAGCGGAAAGUGACACCGUUUGGUCCACUUAAUUUGCAAAUCCGCCCUCGUAGCGCGUUAGUUAUUCGCAGCGAAAUGCCGUGGGAGCUUUAAAUUAUUCUCGUCUCGUCCUGUGGAGCAGAAUUUGCAAAGUGGCCCCAGGGACUCGGUGACGAAAUCAGGAAACAAAAGCUGCGCGCGACAAACAGGACGCAAUCUUUGGAAUUCAAAACCCUUCUUGCGCUGGCAAAUCCCAUUUCAACUUUAUUAAUCAAGGACGUGAAUAGGUACAAACAAACACAAAAUACUGUAGCACUCGCUUUAUUCUCUCUUGUCUGUCUCCGCGCGUUGGCUGGAAAGUCGAAGCAGGCUGAAAAAAACAGAGCGUAUACUCUCUACUCUCUCUUUCCAUCACGUUGUCUUUUUACUAACCAACUCCGAGCGGGCGUUUUAUUAUUUUUAUUGAGCUAUUUUUAUUAUUAUUUUCACUGCUCUCAUGCCAUGAAUUAUGUUUUCAAAGUAUGUAUUUUUAGCUUGGCGUUUACAAAGGAGAGAGAAAAGAACACAGUGUAUGGAUGUUUACUUAUAUUAAGUACGCUGCCAUGACUCACAAAAUAAAUAUUUAACUUAAACCCUCAA